AUGGAGCCUCACAACCCACAAGCAUCCACCUCUCGACAUCAUUCAGUGCUGUGCUCAUCAUGUUAUGAAGGCUUAGCAGGAGAAUUGAUUCUCAUGAUGGAACAACAAAUGAUUGAGCCUAUCCUUGGCUUACCUUUCAUUCGGGAAAUGAUGGAAGGAACACUCAGCGAAGAGAUUUUCAGAUUCUACAUUAUCCAAGAUGCUAUCUAUUUACAAACAUUUAGCAAAGUAUUUGCAUUGGUAGCAACAAAAAUUGAUUUAAUGAAAACACCAAACGGAGAAGAACAAUACUUGUUCUUGUUGGAUCAAUCAAAAGGGGCACUCGAAGAAUCAUUUAAAUUACAUCACGAAUAUUUCAAAAAGUGGAAUAUUAAUGCAUUCAAAGAAGGCUCUAAAAGCUCCAAGUCAUGUUUGCUUUAUACCAGUUUUUUGUUGUCAGUGGCUCAUUCAGAUUCCUUAUUGGAGACAUUAUGUGCAUGUUUACCAUGUUAUUAUAUUUAUUUCAGAGUGGCCCAAUAUAUUACCGAAAGAAUGUUGUCAACCAAUUCAGAGUCAUCCCUAUUAACAGAUUCUCACCCAUAUGUGGAUUGGAUUAAAUCAUAUAGCUCUGAUGAAUUUAAAAAAGGAGUAGAACUAUUUUCUUCUUUUAUCAAUCAGUAUGCACAAAACACUUCAGACGAUGAAAAAGAAAAGUGUAGAGAAAAUGUAAAAAUUGCAAGUCAAAUGGAAUAUUUAUUUUGGAAUUCUGCCUAUUACAUGGAAGAAUGGCCUAUUGAAGAGUUAGACAGACAACGAAUUUCACAAUCAUCCAAUGCUUCUUCUACCAUACCAAAAGCUGUUCUCACUAUUGCAGGUUCAGAUUCAGGAGGAGGUGCUGGUAUUCAAGCAGAUUUAAAUACUUUCCACGCCCAUCAUGUGUUUGGAACAAGCGCUAUUACAGCUCUCACAGCUCAAAACACCUUAGGAGUGCAAGGAGUAUUUCCAGUUUCUCCAGAAUUCCUCGCAAAACAAAUUGAUUCCGUAUUAAGCGACAUUAAUGUCUGUGCAGUGAAGACUGGUAUGCUUUAUAGCCCAGAAUUAAUUAGGGUUGUGAUUGAAAGAUUGAAGUUUUACAUGCAAGAAAGAAAAUUGCAAGUAGUUGUGGAUCCAGUGAUGGUUUCAACAAGUGGACAUAAUUUAUUGAAAGAUGAAGCAGUUGAGGUAAUCGUGAAAGAGUUUUUCCCUAUUGCCACUCUCAUUACACCGAACAUUCCAGAAGCAGAACGAAUUCUACAACUCACACAAAGACCAUUCGUAAUUACGAAUGUGGAACAAUCCAAACAAGCAGCUAAGGUCAUUUCGACAACUUUUGGAAUUUCCAAUGUUUUAGUUAAAGGUGGUCAUUUGCAAGGUACUCUGGCCGUUGAUGUACUUUAUGAAAAUGCCACUGACACUUUCUAUUCAUUCCAAGCAGAUUUGAUUCAUUCAAAUAAUACUCAUGGAACUGGAUGUUCAUUAGCUGCUGCAAUUGCCUCAAAUCUUGCAAUGGGUUCUUCAUUGGAAGAUGCCGUUAGAAAGGCCAAACUUUAUGUUCUUAAUGCCAUCUUGAGAGGGUUCAACACAAGCAUUAAUGGAACUGGACAUGGAACAUUGAAUCAUAAAUUAUUUUAG